AACUCUACAUGACACAGCCUGGCGACGUACAUGGACUAGCUGCGAUCUCCGGAUGAAUAAACGUUCCACUCGUUGUCACAGGAUGUAACACUGUAUGAACUAUGUUGGCGUGAUGUGUCGUUGUCAAGGUGACGAUGCUGUAACCGACGUUCGGGCUAGCGUACAUCAUUAAGGACCCCAAGCUUCAGUGUAGCACCUCUAGUCCAAUGGGUCAGUGUAUACCACGUGCUACGGGUGACAUGAAAAACACAAAAGGUAUUCCACGUGCUACGGGUGACAUGGGAAAAGAGAGCGGUAUACCACGUGCUUCGAGUGACAUGGGAAAAGGGAGCGGUAUACCACGUGCUUCGAAUGACAUGGGAAACACGAGCGGUAUAUUACGUGCUACGGGUGACAUGGGAAACACAAACGGUAUACCACGUGCUUCGAGUGACAUGGGAAAAGAGAGCGGUAUACAACGUGCUACGGGUGACAUAGGAAAAGAGAGAGGUAUAUCACGUGCUUCGAGUGACAUGGGAAAAGAGAGCAGUAUACCACGUGCUACGGGUGACAUGGGAAACACAAGCGGUAUUCCACGUGCUUCGGGUGACAUGAAAAACACAAGCGGUAUUCCACGUGCUUCGGGUGGCAUAGGAAACACAAACAGUAUACCACGUGCUACGGGUGACAUGGAAAACACAAGCGGUAUUCCACGUGCUUCAGGUGGCAUAGGAAACACAAACGGUAUAUCACGUGCUACGGGUGACAUGGGAAACACAAGCUGCAUUCCACGUGCUACGGGUGACAUUGGAAACACAAACGGUAUACCACGUGCUACGGGUGACAUGAAAAACACAAAAGGUAUUCCACGUGCUACGGGUGACAUGGGAAAAGAGAGCGGUAUACCACGUGCUUCGAGUGACAUGGGAAACACGAGCGGUAUAUCACGUGCUACGGGUGACAUUGGAAACACGAGCGGUAUAUCACGUGCUACGGGUGACAUUGGAAACACGAGCAGUAUACCACGUGCUACGGGUGACAUGGGAAAAGAGAGCGGUAUACCACGUGCUUCGAGUGACAUGGGAAAAGAGAGCGGUAUACCACGUGCUUCGAGUGACAUGGGAAAAGAGAGCAGUAUACCACGUGCUACGGGUGACAUGGGAAAAGAGAGCGGUAUACCACGUGCUACGGGUGACACAGGAAACACAAGCACCACAACACACGCAUCAGGUGAACUGGGACACAAGGUGUCAGCAAGGGUCAUAAGACCCCCUGACACUCCAGGAGACAGCUGGACCCGACACUCAACAGUGCAGGAUCCUGUGGUAGGAGGGGGUGUGUCAUUCCAGGAUAUUGACGAGCUCAACCUUUACGUGGCAUAUGCUGUAGGUGGUGAGAAGAAAGUGCAGUGUCUUCCCUUACAGGAACUAGUUGACAUCAACAGGAGAGACGACAUAGGGAAAACACCCCUGAUUGUGGCCGCGUGGAAGGGUCGUCGGGGGGUGUUUGGCCUGCUUGUGAGUAGGGGUGCUGACGCAUCACUCCAAGAUGCUAAUUCGAACAACAUCCUCCACUGGGCGUCUCACGGGGGCAAUGUGGACAUGGUACAGUGUGUCAUCUCUAGACGUCUUGUUGACAUCAACAGUCGCGGGAACCACGGGUAUUCGCCCGUGAUGAUGGCAGCAGAACGCGGACACAAGGAAGUGGUCACCUUACUGGCACAGGAAGGAUGUGACAUGUCGCAUGUGACCAAUGGCGGUAACAAUAUCCUUCACGUUACCUGUACUGGAGGUGAUGUGACGAUGGUAAAGUGUCUCCUGUUGAUGAAUAUUGUUGACAUCAACAGCAGAGGGACAAACGAGAGAACGGCGACGAUGAUGGCCGUAUUAAAGGGACAUAGCGCUGUGUUUGAGCUUCUUGUAAGUGAAGGCAGCGAUUUGUCACCCGUGAGUAGCAACAACAACAACAUCCUUCACGAGGCCUGUGAGGGUGGAGACGUGAGCAUUGUCAACUACAUCAUCUCCAAAGGUGUCGUUGCUAUCAACAGUAGAGGUAAGUACGACAGGACGCCAGUGAUGGUUGCAGCGGAGUUUGGACAUACUAAUGUACUCGAGCUACUUGUGAGGGAAGGCGGUGACGUGAACGUCAGGUCGUCUGAAGGCAACACCAUCCUCCAUGCAGCGUGUCUGGGAGGACACGUCAAGAUGGUGUGCCACGUUCUCUCGACGACACGCGUCAACGUCAACGCCAGAGGUAAGAAAGGGCGGAGCCCCUUGAUGUUGGCGGCAUGGAUGGGGCACCAAGAGGUGUUUGAACUCCUUGUGAGUGCGGGUAGCGACGUGUCACUUGUUGAUGAUGGAGGUAACAACAUUCUCCAUGUGGCUUGUCGUGGAGGACAUGCGGACAUGGUGGCGUAUCUCCUGUCGAAAGACAUUGCAGACAUGGAGGCGAUGGACAAUCAAGGACUAACAGCAGUUAGGAUAGCUGAAGAGAAAAAGAACAAAGCUGUUGUGGGAGUACUGUCGUCCAAGGACAAGAUGCCAAGUGACUGAACACUUUUAGACAAACACAGAGUGAUAUGCAUAAUACGUUAACCUUAUGGGCAAUCAUACAAUCAAUAUGAAGUCGUUUGGGAUUUUACUCUGCGGAGCAAAUACUUAAUUUAUAUCACGACGUGUCAGCUUGGGGAGAAAGCCGGAAGUUAUUCGCUUUGGCAAAACCCAGAAGUUCGGGCAUAUUGUUGUUAAACCAAGAAACACAAUAACAGCGAAAACGAGACUUGAACUCGAACCACGAUCACGGGAUUAAGGCGGCAGCUUGGGCGACUCUCUCACAAAUGUGGAAACUCUACUGCUGGUGAUGAAUGUGAGUGAAUGGUGAUUUAGGACACUGUCUGCCUCUAGAGUCUGGCUGACUUUGUGUAGACUUGUUCCCUGUAUUAUUGCUAACUCACCCACAUGUGGUCCAGGUGCAGAUGUCCGCCGUGUAGUGUAGAUUGUGUUUGUAGUCAAUAAAGGUCGCAUCUUUUUAGUGUAUUUUAUUGUUGAAAAAUGAUUGUGCCUGUGUGCGCUCUUUGCAUUGCAUUUGGACAGUGAUCAGUUGUCAGGAAUGUAGUUCUGUUUAAUGUUAACAGUUUUUGGAAGUUAUUAUAUUUAGAUGCAAGGCUGGUGUGUAAACGUCCGGUAUACCGUGGACUGAUGUAGAAUAUUCUAUAAUGUUCUAGUGCCGCUAGACUGGUAAGGGCACUGUGUAGAAAUUUUCAGUGCUGGUUAGACGGCAUGUAAGGGGACAAGAGCACGCAUCUCGUAUCUCUCACACAUUUUCAUCUAAGAAUACAUCAAGGCCAGCUUUCGUGUGAAGAUCACAUCCUAUUCCCUGCCUAGGCCCAUCUCGGAACAUUGAUCACAAUCGCUGCUGGGUGAAAUACUAUCAUCACUGACUUUUGCUACGAGGUAUCACCACUGCCAUCAUAUAUUUUGCCAUUGAAUAUUGUACUACCAUUCAUUGUGUACUGCCAUUAUAAUU